UCGAAACGCUACGUUCAACCAUUCACGGAUGCAUGUGGGUGCUAUGGAAACAGAAAACGAUGGUUCGAAUCAAACCUUUCUAACAGGUGAACAUGCUGAAACACUGAAUGACGUCACUUCGCUCCUCUCGCAGCCCAGGGAGGAGCGCUUGGCAAAUCUCGAGAGAUUUACGCGCUGCAUCACCUGCAAGUUCCGCCGGAGGCCCUCGCAGGAGGAGGAGGAUUUGAGGAAGUUGAUGCCAGAUAGUCUGGGCCGUGAUCCUGAUGUUUGGGAGUACACCUCUUGUGCCAUUUGCCUUUGCGACUUUGCCGAUGGCGAGGAACUGCGCCGAGCGUCUUGCCCGGGAGGUCACGCCUUUCAUCCCAAGUGCUUGCGUGCUUGGAUCGAGCGUUCCCAUGAGACCUGCCCGGUUUGCCGCUGCAAGGAAGGUGAUCGUUCCAAGAGUGGCGCUGGUGCUCGCUUCAGCGCUGAUGCGCUGGCCGAGUACGUGACGCGCCGCAUGCGCAGUAGCAAGGUGGACUUCACAGUUUCGCAGGAGAACCAGCAGCUAGCAGACCAGGUCAUGGCCAGAAUUUUCCUGCCCAUGGUGUGUCUGAAGCCGGCGGUGGAGGAAGAGGACGAUCUCCCGGCUCCGCCGAAGAAUCUUGAGCAGGAACCAACUUUGGCUGAGAUCUUUACAGCGCGCAGACUGGCGCGACAGGCCGAGCGCUCUCCGGGCUCUCCCAGGUCCCCCAGGGUACCUACCGGACGGCGGCCGCGCAAAAAGUGACGGUGUUGUUGCUGGGACUGUGGGGUGGAACUCUGAAGGUCUUGUUGAUUUGAGCACCC